UUAGGGUUAGCAGUUCACAAAGGCGGCAGCUUCUCAAGAUCAAGUGGAGCUCCUGUGUGUUGCUUUCCAACUGCUGGUAAAGGUGGAGGGGGUUAACCCCGGAGUGAGCAGCAUCAACUUGGAGGUAGACAAAUCUCCCCUGUGCUCUCUUUUUUUUUUAAGUAUAUUUUUUGGGCUUUUUUUUAAUGCCUUUAUUCGAUAGUACAGUAGAGAGACAGGAAACUGACUUCUGUUCACUGGUGACGCAGACACACCUCAAAAGAGUAACGACGUGUUUAUACUUUAACUAACAUUAUAACAGUUGUAGUAGUAGCUGUAACAUUAGUCUAGUAGUAGUAUUAGUAGUAGUAUUAGUCCGCAUUACAGGAACCGUGCGUUUGAGAACUUUUAAAGGUUUUUACUUGUGUUUUUUUUUUUUUUUUCCAGGAAGUGAAAAUAGUGCGAAAGCUUCCCGUGUCUGUGGGUUUUUUUUUAUCGGGGGUUUCUGUCGACAGACGCGCCGAUGUCGCUUACGUUCCUGGAGCGUUUGUCGUGCACUAAUGUUCGAUAAUAUUUUCACUAUUUUCAGAGUAGUUUGUUAGUUUUAAGUCAAGGUUGGAUAAUAGAUACUUCAGGGUGGUGGGGGGGGGGGGGUUCUGAUUUACAGCUCUGUGGUUUUUAUGGACCAUGUGACACUCAUGCCUUUGGGUCUAACCCUUUGCAAUGAGUUGGACUUCCUCCUCUGUCUCCUCACUCCAUCCUGGUGAAUCCCUCUGCUUGGACUACUUGAUGAGAGCCAGACCACAGCUCAGAGGAAAAAGCUUAAAAGACCAGCCCACCGUCUCUCCAGCUACAUGUCCAUGAGCAGUGACGAGGCAAUGGAUCAUCCUACAUUUAGAAAAAGACACCGUUCUGAUGAACAGAGCACGUUUCUUUUCUCAGAAAACGAUACAGAGGAGGACGUUUCAACAGAUGAUGGUUAUAUCGUCCCCUCUUCAGACCAUCGAGUCCCUUUGGAGAGACCAGGUUCCCCUGAACUCAGUGGUGUGUCCAAGAGGAGUGAGAGGUCAAAAGGUCACCUCACCAAUGUCAGAAAAAGACCCUCCUCUCAUAAAAAGAAGAAAAAGUUGAGAAGAGAAGCUUCUCCUGCACCGAGCUCUGUGUCCAUGAGGAGUGAGAGGUCAAAUGGUCACCUCAUCAAUUUCAGAAAAAGACCCUCCUCUCAUAAAAAGAAAAUUGACCAAGAGAGUUCAGAAGUUCUCAGUGGUCAGUCUGCCCUGCUGAAUCAAAUGGACCUGGACGUUGUAUUUACGCUGCUUGAGAAGAACAUUGUCACUUUUGUGAAGAACGAGCUGAAGAUGCUGCAGAGGUUUCUGACACCAGAUUAUGCAGAAUCUGUCGAGGGGCAGAGGAACGAUGAGGAAGUGAUGAACAAAGAGGAGCAAGAGCAGAGGAGCACCUCAAAGGCAUUUCUGAAGAUCACACAGCACUACCUGAGGAGAAUGAAGCAGGAGGUGCUGGCUGACAUUCUGCAGAGCAAAUGGCCUGCUGCCAAUUGCCAGCGUAAAGUCAAAUCUAAUCUGAAGAAGAAGUUCAGUUGUUUGUUUGAGGGGAUCGCAAAAGCAGGAAACCAAACCCUUCUGAAUCAGAUGUACACGGAGCUCUACAUCACAGAGGGAGGGACUGGAAAGGUCAGUAAUGAACAUGAGGUCAGACAGAUUGAAGCAGCAUCCAGGAAACCAGACAGACCAGAAACAACAAUCAAAAGUCAAGACAUCUUUAAAUGCACAGCUGGGAGAGAUAAACCUGCACGAAUACUGUUGACUACAGGAGUGGCUGGUAUUGGGAAAACAGUCUUAACACAGAAGUUCACUCUGGACUGGGCGGAAGACAAAGCCAACCACAACAUACAGUUCACAUUCCCGUUCACUUUCAGAGAGCUGAAUCUGCUGAAGGAGAAAAAGUUCAGCUUGGUGGAACUUGUUCAUCACUUCUUUACUGAGACCAAAGAAGCAGGAAUCUGCAGGUUUGAAGAGUUCCAGGUCGUGUUCAUCUUUGACGGUCUGGACGAAUGUCGGCCUCCUCUGGACUUCAACAACACUGAGAUCCUGACUGAUGUUACAGAAUCCACCUCAGUGCACGUGCUGCUGACAAACCUCAUCAGGGGGAAACUGCUUCCCUGCGCUCGCCUCUGGAUAACCACACGACCUGCAGCAGCCAAUCAGAUCCCUCCUGAGUGUGUCGACAUGGUGACAGAGGUCAGAGGGUUCACUGACCCACAGAAGGAGGAGUACUUCAGGAAGAGGUUCAGAGAGGGUCAGGAGCAGACCAACACAAUAAUUUCCCACAUCAAGACCUCACGAAGCCUCCACAUCAUGUGCCACAUCCCAGUCUUCUGCUGGAUCACUGCUACAGUUCUGGAGGAGGUGUUGAAAACCAGAGAGGGAGGAGAGCUGCCCAAGACCCUGACUGAGCUGUACAUCCACUUCCUGGUGGUUCAGACCAAACUGAAGAAUGUCAAGUAUGAUGGAGGAUCUGAGACAGAUCCACACUGGGGUCCAGAGAACAGGAAGAUGAUUGAGUCUCUGGGGAAACUGGCUUUUGAGCAGCUGCAGAAAGGAAACCUGAUCUUCUACGAAUCAGACCUGACGGAAUGUGGCAUCGAUAUCAGAGCAGCCUCAGUGUACUCGGGAGUGUUCACACAGAUCUUUAAAGAGGAGAGAGGGCUGUACCAGGACAAGGUGUUCUGCUUCAUCCAUCUGAGUGUUCAGGAGUUUCUGGCUGCUCUUCAUGUCCAUCUGACCUUCAUCAACUCCGGAGUGAAUCUGUUUUCAGAAGAAGAAACAACCUGCCAGAGAUCUAACGCAGCCAAUGUAAAAUCUGACCUAAAGUGCCUUCACCAGAGUGCAGUGAAUAAAGCCUUAGAGAGUCAAAAUGGACACCUGGACUUGUUAAUCCGCUUCUUACUGGGCCUGUCUCUGCAGACCAAUCAGAUUCUUCUACGAGGCCUAGUGACAGGAUCAGGUGGGAGACCAGAGACCAAUCAGGAAACGAUUGAGUACAUCAAGAAGAAGACUGGGGAGAAAGCCUCUGCAGAGAGAAACAUAAAUCUGUUCUACUGUCUGAAUGAACUGAACGAUCACUCUCUAGAGCAGGAGAUCCAACAGUACCUGAGUUCAGGAAGACUUUCCAAAGAAAACCUCUCUCCUGCUCAGUGGUCAGCUCUGGUCUUCAUUUUACUAUCAUCAGGACAGGAUAUGGACGUGUUUGACCUGAAGAAAUACUCUGCUUCAGACCUGGGUCUCCUGAGGCUGCUGCCAGUGGUCAAAACCUCCAAAAAAUCUGUGAUGAGUGGCUGUAACCUAUCACACAGAGGUUGUGAAGCUCUGACCUCAGUUCUCACCUGCCAGUCUUCUAGUCUGAAAGAGCUGGACCUGAGUUACAACAACCUGCAGGAUUCAGGAGUGAAGCAGGUCUCAGCUGCUCUGCAGUGUUCAGAUUGUAGACUGGAAACUCUCAGGUUGAGUGGCUGUGAGCUCACAAAGAGGAGCUACAAAGCUCUAGCCUCAGUUCUCAGCUGCAAGUCGUCCAGCCUGAAGGUGCUGGACCUGAGUGACAACCACAUGCUUGAAUCAGAUGUGAAGCUCCUCUCUGUUGAGCUGAAGAGUCCACACUGUAAACUGGAAACUCUCAGACUGAAUCAAACCAGCUUCUCUGAGCAAUCCUGUCAAAACCUCUCAUCCGUUCUGAGCUCACAGUCUUCUAGUCUGAAAGAACUUGACCUGAGUAACAAUGACCUGCAGGAUUCAGGAGUGAAGCGGCUCUCUGUUGGACUGGGAAGUCAACACUGUAAACUGGAAACUCUCAGGUUGUCAGGCUGUCAGAUCACAGAGGAAGGCUGUUCUUCUCUGGCCUCAGCUCUGACGUCCAACCCCUCGCACCUUAGAGAGCUGGACUUGAGCUACAAUCAUCCGGGAGACUCAGGAGGGAAGCUGCUCUCUGAUGGACUGGAGAAUCCACAAUGGAAACUGGAAAAACUCAGGCUGGACCAUUGUGGAGAAGAAUUGCUGAAACCAGGUCUGAAAAAAUAUGCAUGUGAACUCACUCUGGACCCCAACACAGCGCACAGAAACCUCAAACUGUCUGAAAACAACAGAUCGGUGAUGAAGAUGAAGGACGCCAUGACAUACUCUGAUCACCCAGACAGAUUUAACUGCUGCCAGCUGCUGUGUAGAGAGAGUCUGAGCGGCCGCUGUUACUGGGAGGUCGAGUGGGAAGGACUGGUUGAUAUAGCAGUGACUUACAGAGGAAUACGAAGAGGGAACAUGCCUGACUGCAGGUUUGGAGGGAAUGACAAGUCCUGGAGUCUGUACUGCUCCGAUGGUAAUUACUCGGUGUGGCACAACAACCGAGAAACUGUCAUACACCCACCUCCCUCCUCUGUCUUUAGCAGAGUAGCAUUACAUCUGGACUGGCCUGCUGGCACUCUGUCCUUCUAUGGCGUCUCUUGGGACAAACUGAUCCACCUCCACACCUUCAGCUGCACAUUCACUGAACCUCUCUACCCUGGGUUUGGAGUAGGGACCUCAGUGUAUCUGUGUGAGAUGUAAGAAGGAGUUGUUGUUUUUUAACUCUUGUGUAGACAGGCAGUCACCCACCCCACUGCCGCAUCCCCAAACAUGUAGAUGCAUUUUGUGUCAUAAAUGCCACCCCUCUUUCUGAGUGUCAUAACCAGACCGGUUGUGUGCCAGUUGUUCCUUAUUCAUUUAAAGCUCUUGCGCUUACUGCCUUUGUUCCUUUUUUCCUGUUUGUGUUUUUCAAAUUUCCACAGGAUGACUUUUAAAGCCAGGGUGAAAGCUGAAAUAAGCUUAUUUGAUUAAAGUAUUUAGAUUAAUAUUAUUUCUAUUUUCUUGGGUUGGUUGGGAGUGUAAAUGGGAAACGGAGGGUGGUAAGGGAAAGAAUAAGUAUGAUUGUAAUUUUUAGCAUCACCAAGUGACCAUACACCCAGUAGCAUAAUACAGUUAUAUUUUAUAUUAAGUGUGGAAAAUUUGCAGGGUAUAUGAAUGUGUAUUUUUCAUAGUCUUGCCAAACUAUUUCCUAAAUCCUGUAUCUUCCAAGUUAAACCGUUCCAUGUUUAAUUCUGUAUGUUUACUACAAAUAAAGAUCUAUUACUGUAUCAA